GGAAUAAAAUUCACAACUGGCUUGUUGAAACUUCAUUUGCGUCGAGAACCUUGGUCUGAACUUUUGUCUGACAUUCGCUGCUCCUUUUAGCUAUGGCUACCGUGGGUAUCUUUGAUCGUGUUGCUGGCUUGCCAGUGGUGCAGAGCACAUACGGAAAAGUUUCUGAAGUCUACAGCUGCGCCAAGGAGCGCAACAGCCUUGUCAACCUCGCUCUGAAUACAGUGGAGGCAUCCUUGCAAGUUGUUUCCACAUCAGCACAACCUUUGGUACAUACCUUGGAAAAGCCUAUUGCUCAGGCGGAUGCCUUUGCGUGCCGUCAGUUUGACUACUUGCAGGAAACCGUACCUGCGAUUCAAUCAACCCCUGAGGAGGUGAUCGAGGGAACUAAGCGCUAUGUGUCCGAAAAGAUGAUUGAUGCCCCCAAGCGCUUUGUGUCUGAGAAGGUUCGCACCGGUGCUGACAUUGUGACCAACACGCCGGUUGCUAAGCUGAUCUCUUCACGCGUGGACCAUGUCUUGGCCACCACAGAGAAUGUUGUUGACUACAUUCUGCCGGAGAGUGGCGAUGGUGUUGCACCAUCAUCGGAAGCCGACCCGUCGGUUCACGAUGACGCCAGCCCUGAACCAGCUGAACCAGCACCCGCUUCCCGCCUGUCCACCAUUUCCAACAAAGUUACCGACCGUACCCGUGCUCUCGCCCUCAAACAAGUGAACAAUGCUCAACGCCGUGCUGAAGAUGCCCUGGAACAGCUCCGCACCAACCUUGUCUUGAUCAGCCGUGCCCAACAAGAACUGAAAGUGCAACGUGAACGUCUCCUGCAAACCAUCGAUGAACAACAGGCUCGUGUCACUGCCGGUGGCAAACGCCUUCUCACCGCUGUCCAAGAUCAUGCCGAGUCCGUCCGUAGCUGUGCUUCAACUCUGCCCAACACUGUCAUGUCUUCCAUCCCCUCAACUGUUCCUCUUGUCGGUGGCUAUACUCUGAACGUUGACGUCCUGAUUGACAAUGUAUCCAAACUGACCGCUUCCACCCAGGCCUCCCUUCAGACCACCGCCGCUCUUGUCCGACACAUGCCUAGCCACCUGCAUCAGCCAAUCAAUGCCGCCCUCGAACAAGCUCGCUCCCUGCACAGCAUGGCUCUUGAGAUCUCACGUGGAAAUACCGUCACCAGUGCUAUGCUUGACCAGGCAACGUCUCUUAUCGCAGCUAUCUCCGCAUCAACAGCCUCUGUCAGUGCCUUCCUCAGAACACACCUCGGAUCUGUAGCAGGCAAGAAAGACUACGCUAACGACCUGAGCAUGGAUGAUGAAGACUCCACCGGAAAGUCCAACACAGACUCGCAGAUUGGCAGCAGCUCUCGCUACACAGAUGAUGAGGACGACGAAGAUGAGGAGGAUGGAGUCACCGAGGUCUAAGCCCUACUCGCCAUCAUCUUCACGACUGCUGACCCUUGCUCGGAUACCUCAUUCCUGAUUUAGAACUCCACAAGCUGUUCUCCCUGCAUUAUCAAUUUAUCAUGCUUUUUUGCUCCUCACACAGAAAAAAAUUAUCUGCAUGCUAUAUGUUGAGUCUGACUUCACUUUUGAACUUUGCUGGUGUGCAUAUUCUAGCCUGCUCUCUGACACUGUAUUUCAUCACUUCUGUUUGUUAACGUCCUUUUAUCUUGCCAUGGAAUGCAAUUGAACUGUUCUCUCACCAA